AAAAAACACGAAUCGGAGUGUCUAGUUUGAUUACGAAUUUACGACCCAUAUAGAUGCACAUACCAAACCCGAGUCUAUGAAACCGGGACCGAACCGGUUAAACUUCCGAUAGGAAAACCGAGUUAGCUGUGUCGCGGCGAGCGCCUCCACCUCCGCCUCCACCAACUUUAAACACACCACCACUAAUCACCGAUAUAUUCAAUUAAUCUAAUCCCCUCCUUAAUUAUCUCCGCUCACACACCACCAGUAACUAAAUCGAAGAAUCUUCAAUUUUCUUCUUCUUCUCACUGUUCCACUUCAGUGGAGGAUAUGCUCAGUACAUUGACCAAGCGUUGCUUUUGCACCGUCGCUCCCCGCCCUUGGCUUUUUGUUGGUUUGGGUAACCCUGGCGACAAGUACAAAGGAACUCGACACAAUGUUGGCUUUGAGAUGAUUGAUGCAUUUGCCGAAUCACAGGGGAUUGCCAUGAAUACGGUUCAUUGCAAAGCCAUUUUUGGAAAAGGUUUUGUUGAUGAAGUUCCAGUUUUCCUUGCGAAACCUCAAACUUACAUGAAUCUCAGUGGUGAAUCGGCAGGACCACUGGCUGCUUAUUACAAGUUGCCGCUUAAUCAGGUGCUUGUGUUCCAUGAUGACAUGAACCUGCCAUGCGGGGUUCUUCGUCUUCACGACAAAGGGGGUCAUGGAAGCCACAAAGGGCUGAAGAGUGUUAUUUACCACUUCAGAGAUAACAAAGAAUUUCCUCGUCUAAGAAUUGGGAUUGGGAAGCCUCCUGGACAAAUGGAUCCUAAAGCAUUUUUGCUUCAAAAGUUUAAUGUAGCAGCUAGGCAACGAAUUGACGAGGCUUUGCAUGAGGGGGUAGAUGCCUUGAAGCUCCUUCUAUCUAAAGGUUUGGAAGUGAGUGCAAAAAGGUUCAACAAAGACCAGAAAUAUAAGCACUUACGAGUACAGACAUUACCAGUUUGGUAGGAUUCCAGGAUGGCAAGUUGUAUUAGAAGUAUGGUUAGUUUAGUUCCUCGCUUUUAAGGUUUAUAUAGAUUGCUUGGGUGUGUAUUGAUGUGUAAAACGUAAGGAAAAAAGGGGCUGGAUUUGGAAAACAUUCUUCAACCAUGUAUAUUAUGUAGCUUUUCAAGUGUUUUUAGUAACUUUUUCCCCA